AUGUUUCCUGAGGAAGACAGUUUCAUUCUUUACAGACUGGCACCAGGCGUUCCUGACCUACGCACCUGUCUGCUCAAUCAGAAACUCCAGAUGCUCAACUGCUGCAUAGAGCGCAAACUAUCCCGAGAAAACUCACACCGAUCCACCUACGACUCCGCAGAAAACUCCGACACCGAUGACGAGUUCUUCGACUGCUCCGACCGAGUAGACGAGGAAACCAAACGGAAAGAGAAACACUCCCUCUGGAACCAACCGGUGGGCAGAUUGACCAAAUUCGGAGACCUGAAGCUGCUCAAGAACGGAGACCCGCUCUACAUUCCCGUGACGCAGGAACCGGUGCCGAAGACCGAGGAUCAGCUCGAGGAGGACACUGACGUCCUGCUCAAGCUGGGUUCGGAUGCUGAGGCCUCCGAGCUGAGGGCUAGGAUCAUGAGCGCUUCGCUGCUCUCGGACAUGGAGUCUUUCAAGGCUGCUAAUCCUGGCUCCGUGGUGGAGGACUUCAUCAGGUGGUACUCGCCGAGAGAUUGGAUAGAAGAGGACGAUAUGGACGAAUGGGGACAGAAGAAGGGCCACCUGAGUCCGAGGAUGUUGAUCGAAGAAAACAAUAUCUGGGUGCAAAUGUGGGAGUCUUCCAGGCCAGUGCCUGCUUGUAGACAGAAGAGGUUAUUUGAUGACACCAGGGAGGCUGAAAAAGUGUUGCAGAAUCUGGAUUCCCGGACGAUAUCGCAGAUAUGCGAUCUCGUCAUCCCAGUCCUCUCUCACGCCGCCAUCUGCCGGCUGGUAGAAGAAUGUCGGCACGUCUCCGCAGAACUCUCCGAAUCCAACUACCGCAUAAAAAGCCUCCUGGGCCACGGCGAGCGACUGUCUCGCGACCCGGACUUGCAGCCCCGCCGUUUCGAAGCCUUCGUUCAAGAAGUGACAGCGCUAGAGUUGCUCAUCUCCCAGAUCAACUCGCUGCAAUACAAGUUCAAUCCUUCGGGAGCGAAAGAUCAAACGGUCAGUGGCGUGGUGGCUAACUUGGUCGCUGCUAAAGAGGUGGAGAUCGAAGGCAGAGAUGGCUCUGACGUCGGUGGUAGGAUUGUAUCGAUGUUCUCAGAGAUGCAGAACUUUUCUGGGGAACAGGAGAGUAUGGAAGAUGCUAAAAGGUCGGGAAACGGAGUGUUUCCGGCGCCUUCUGGGAGGGAGUUCGUGAUGAGGGUGAACGCUGUGAAACCUGCUGGUCAUUCGGCGAAGUGUCCGCAGUUCUUGCGGGCUAUUCUGAACAAGAACGAAUUUAGGUUAGCUGGAGCUUUUUCUGAAGAUAUCGUGUUCUUCUGA